AUGUCCAACAUAAGGCCCUCGCCGCCGAAACUGGCAAUACCUGCCUCCCACGCCUCACCAUCCGGAGCUAGUGCUACGACGACAACAGGACGUCCUUCUAUGUGGAGCAAAUCUGCUCAAAGAAAGAUGACCCGUCUCUACGUGUAUACCACACUGCCCUUGAAUAAGAUUGUGGAAUUAGUUCAUUCCCACUCGCAUGAGCCGGCGCCUGGCCACGAGUCGGCUCACAAGAAACUGAACAUUCUUCUCGACAAAGAACCACGAUGGCUGCACCCAAGGAAUACGGAUGACAUGGGCCGUCGCGUAACUGAAUUGGCCAAUUCCCCAACCAGAUUGCAGUCAACUACGGCGGCUGCAAAUGGUCACUCUCGAUCGACAUCGAACACUUCAAGGAUAUCCCCUAGCCCGCAGAGGUUCAAGAUGGAGGACAGUGUGAGCCCAGCACCCUUCGAUGCUUCGGCGUCGCACUGUUCGAAUGUAACCUUUGCUCCAAUGCAGCAAGGAUUUGGGUCGUCUAAUCUCUGGGUACCUCAUGGCGCACAAUCAUCUACCUCAAUGUCCCCGGCUGAGCCCCCCUAUCAAGCGGAGGAAGCCACUGAUCAGCAUCAUUUUGUCAACUUCCUACGGCAGACUACAUGUCUCUCCAAUUCGACCAACAAUACCACUGGCUCCUUCCAUCGCGUACUAUCUGGUUACGCAGAGCCUUAUGUUCAAACUGUAAAGAGGCUCGUUAAGAGAUUCACGGCUCCCAUCGCCAAUCGACCUAGCUUAUCUCCUUACUCAGAGGGAAGCUCCGCCAUUCAAACAUGGGCAGAUGAGGAAGAUUGCCCUCCGGAAUUUCCUCUUCAGCCCUUCCCGAUACCAGGGGAUUUCCUCAAACUGGACGAAUACUGUAAUAAGAAGCUGUGCUAUUCUAUGCGCGACGCUCAUGAAGCACAUCGUUGCCUCUGCUCCAUGCCUCUGGACACUUGUGUACUUCCCUGGGUUACCCGUGACGGCAUUACGAUGACCGGCCAGCGCCUUUUAACGCAAGGCCCGACUCAAAACGAUACUGUCGUCACUGACUCCUUUGGAAAUACAGUUUUACAUUUUCUAGCCUCCAGAGGCUCCGUCGACGUUUUGGGAUACUCUUUAGGCACUGACUUCUGCAAGUCUCUUAUUGGAGCUAAGAACUCGGCUGGCCAAACCUUUCUCCAUGUUUUGAACCCAAUGGUUCUCGAAAACCCACAGUACGUUGAGGAGCUUUUACAAAUGGUCGUCGAAAGAGGUUGCGACCUCCAUGAUCGCGAUCAUUAUGGUCGCAGCUUCUUCCACUUGCUUGAGGCUGGAGGGCACUCGAAAGGGCUCAUGCAAACUGUCGCAAAAUUCUGUCACACGGACUUUGACAUCGCAAGAGACGCAUUCGGGUUCACACCUGCCAGUAACCAUUCUGCUAUGGACCUGGAUCCUUCGGGUUCCGCCCUCCAAGACACAUCCAGUGCCAUAUCUGGUUCGGAUCCUGGAAUUGCCAAGGAGAGCAGACUAUUGGAGAAGAUACGUCUUGCAUUAGAAAACCCUCGGCUUCAAGAUGAGGAAGGGCGAAAUGGCCUACAUUGCCUUGCAAUGGCUACUCUGAGCUACGCCUCAGUGGUCAAGAAAUAUCACCUUCAAUCUCCUCAGCGGGACAAGGCCACCAAGAAGCAGCAAAAUGCCGAGAAUGCUCUAGAUUCUUGUGCAUUCAAGCUCGCACUUCGCCUGAACCUGUUGGAGGGAUUAUUGGACGCUGGAGUUGAUCCGAAUCAGCAUGACGAGAAUGGCAAUACUCCAUUAAUGGCGUUUGUUGCUGAACUGCCGGAAGACGACGACUACAAGCUUCCGCCUCAAAUAUUGAAACUACUACUAGAGAAGGGGGCGAACAUACACGCUAGAAACAGACGCGGUGAAACAGCGUUGCACAUUGCAGUGAGAUGUGGUCGGAAGCUAGCGAUGCGGACCUUGUGUGAGAACCAGGCCAAUGUUCAUGCCAGAGACUCCGUAGGGAGGAGUCUGUUAGAUGUAGCCGAUGUCAAGAUGAUGAACUGCGACAGCGACGAGCAUAUGCGUGACUAUGCCCACUAUGAGGCAUGUCGGGCUUGGUUGAGUGGAAAGGGCAUGGCUCUGCAGAGCCCAUCGGUGCUUCAUGAGUGGGGGUUGUGA